GCCUUCUCGCGGUGCACCUGCCCCCUCUCAGGAAAGCAACCCGUUUCGUUUGUUGCCUUGUCGUCAUCAUCACAACCCACAGUAGCCAUCAUCCUUCUACCUCGACGAUCGAUUAGCAGAACAAAGACCUUUUCCCCCUUCCAGUGCCACCGUGCAACCGGCCGACCGAACACGCGACCGAGCCGUGAGCAACCAUGUCAGGGGCACAAAGCAAGCGCCAGGCGGCGCGGAACGAAAAGGUCCUGCAGGAGCUCGUCCAGGGCGUUCCGGGCAACAAUCUUUGCGCCGAUUGCCACUCUCGAAACCCAGCUUGGGCAUCAUGGAGCCUUGGUGUGUUUCUGUGCAUGCGUUGCGCCGCCAUACAUCGCAAGCUGGGGACACACAUCUCGAAAGUCAAGUCCUUGAGCAUGGACAGUUGGUCAAACGAGCAGGUCGAUAACAUGCGCAAGGUCGGCAACGCCACUUCCAACAAGAUCUACAAUCCCCAGAACAAGAAGCCCCCUGUUCCCAUCGAUGCCGAUGAGGCGGACUCGGCCAUGGAGCGAUUCAUUCGGCAGAAGUACAUGAACAAUUCGGUUGCCAGCGCGAGGCGGCAUAACACGGGUAGCACCGAAUCCGAUGAGACUCCUCCCCCGCUGCCGCCAAAGACCCCCAGCAGGUUUGGGUUCCGUUCCGCCUCUUCGAUCUUCCCACUCUCGUCCAAGGCAAAAAAGGAUAUCGACUCGUCUAGGCGACCUCCGCCCUCGCCACGAAGCUUUGAUGACCGUGCCACGCCCGUAUCGCCUAGAGGCAGACCAUCAAAACCGUUCGGGGCGUCCGUUCAGCAUGACGACCAGGAUGGCAUGGAACAUAAGCUAAUGCGGCUGCGGGAUAUGGGCUUCAUCGACGAGCAGCGGAACUCUAUGGUAUUGCGCGGUAUGGGUGGGAAUCUGGAGAAGACGAUUGAAGCUUUGGUCAGACUGGGAGAAGGGUCUGCCGGACUAUCCGUGGCUCGGGAAACCGUCACGCCACUCAAGCGAUCAUUGACCCCGUCGUCAUCCCACCUAGGCGUUCCCCAGUCGGCCACAUCCCCGUCAGGAUCGUCAACGAACCCGUUCGACAUGUUGGACAUGCCGCCCGCCCAACCCCAGUCGUCCCAGUCAACGGGUACGCUGCAGAACAAAAAUCCGUACAACAACAACAACACGUCCACCAACCCUUUCGGAGUUCCAACUCAGCAGAGUUAUGGUUUCGAGCAGGCCCUCCAGAACAUGUCACUUUCAGCAUCACCGCAGCCGCAAUCCCUGUUCCCUAACCAUACCGGAGGUGUCUCCGCCUACAACCAGGGGCAACAACAACAGCAGCAGGACUACAACCCGUUCCAUCAGAUGCAGCAGAGUCCCCAGGCAUACCAGCAACAGCAGGCAGUUAACGGGCAGAUGCCGCAAAUGCCGCAGAACGCGGCACCAACGGUAUUCAACAGCAAUCAAACCUACCCUCCUAUGACGCAACAGCCAAUGCCGACAGGGUCCAAUCCUUUCUUUCAACACCAGCAACAACAGCAGCAGCAGCCAUCAUCCCUUUCUGUAAACACUGCUGUUGGAAUGGGUCAAUUUGCAGGCAACCCCUUCAUGGCUAAAUCGCCGACCCGAGUCCAAUCGCCCACGACUCUGACUCAGAUUCCUGAGCAGACUCAGCAGAACUUCUACCACAGUGCAACGGCAACACAGGCGCCGUGGGGCUCACAAGCUCCCGCAAUGCUUUACUCGACGCCAUUAAGUGCCCCCGUCCAGUCGCAGAGCAACAACCCCUUUUACGUGCCGCAACAGCAACCACAGCAACAAAACAUGGCCCCAAGACCAGACACGGCAUCAAUCAUGGCCUUGUACAAUAGCUCGCCAGCACAACCAGCGUCAAAUCCCUACCAACAGCAGCAGCAGCAGCAGCAGCAGCAGCAUCCGAACCAGGGUAGCAACAUGCCUCUGACAACCUCACCCGGCCAAUUUCAGCAACAGCUGCAGCAAAACCCACAUAACUUCACGCCUCAGGCGCCAGCGAGGUCAAUGACUACCCCCGCCCUGUCAUCAGGUACCAAAAAUCCGUUCAUGAGCAUGGCGGGUGGUGCAGCCGAGGUCACGGCACCGUCGGGCGCCAGGAGUAGGGACAGCGUGCUGGCCCAGGGCUUGGAGUGGACUAAUGGGCGGCAUAGCCCGGACGCGUUUGCCAGCCUCAGCGCCAGGACAUAGGGACCUGCUUGCGGGGGCGGCUGAAUGAAGAACACGCACUGAGGACGGCGAUAGAUGGUUGUGAGGGAUUAUACGUAAUGUAAUGAAAGCUUGGUUGGAAUGGGAGGACUUGCACUGCUGCGGGCUAAGCUUACCGGUCGACCUGGAAUGCUUGUGCCUUUUGUGUUAAUUCUAAGCAAAAUUGUUGAAAUAAUUAGGCCGAUGCCUUUGUAUAUACACAUUGUAUUCUUUUUGUUGCAUUUGGAAAUGCACUUGCGACUCUGCCCUGACAGACAUACCGCUAGGACUAUGUAGACAAUCACGGCAUAGCGCAUGUAGACGGGUUAUGAAGCCUGUUUGAACAGCGAAACAACCAAUACCUUGUAGUAAUUGUGCAACAUAGACAGGAGUCACAUCGCACUCGCCAUACGCGAGCUCAGACAUACAGCGCAAUAUGUCAAGAUUAAGCAA